AUGACAUAUUCUCCAAGACGAAAUUCACCCUCUUCUAAAACAAAACUGCAUGUUACAAAGAAGAAGAAUAAAAAGAACCAACAGAUGAAAAUAAAGAAAAAGCCUGAAACAUUGACUUCUGUAGACCGUAAACGUUAUCAUGAAACUAUUGACGAAACUACAGAAACAAGUGAACAAGAGUCAACUACGUCAGAGUCCCCGGAUUUACUGACAUCUACAUCACAAUCAACAGGUCUUGUUUAUGAUGAACGUAUGCUGAAGCAUAAACAUGAAUGGUUUAUUGAAGAACAAGAAAGUCCACGUCGUAUACAACAAGCAUUUCAACGUUGUCUUGAAGAAGAUUUAGUAUCUCGAUGUGUUCGUGUACCGGCGCAUUCAAGCAGUGAUAAUGAUUUAGCACUUGUUCAUGACAAAGGAUAUAUUAAAAAGGUGAAGGAAUCCGCAAAAAUGACAAAACGUGAAUUAUACUCACUAUCAGGACAAUAUGACGGUGUAUUCUUUAAUCAUUCUACAUGGUUAUGCGCAAAAUUAGCUGCUGGUAGUGUAAAACGUCUUACUCACUUAGUUUAUACUGGUCGACUAGCCAAUGGUUUGGCGCUUGUUCGUCCACCUGGUCACCAUGCUAUGCAAUCAGAAGCAUGUGGUUAUUGUAUAUUUAAUAAUAUUGCUAUAGCUGCUGCAAGUUUACUUCAACCAAGACAGAUGAAUCCAUCAUCAUCAUCAUCGGCAUUACCGGGGAGUAUUUCACAGUCAAAGGGUUCAAGUAACAAUGAGUUAUUAUCAGCUCAACGGAUUCUUAUUGUCGAUUGGGAUAUACAUCAUGGACAAGGAACACAAUAUACAUUUUAUGAUGAUAAUCGUGUUCUAUUCAUUUCAAUUCAUCGUUAUGAGAAGGGGAAUUUUUGGCCAAAUUUACGUGAAGCAAAUUAUGAUUUUAUUGGUGAAGGAUUAGGCAAAGGUUAUAAUAUUAAUAUUCCAUUGGAAGAUAUUGGUAUGACAGACUCGGAUUAUUUGGCUAUAUUUCAUCAAAUUAUUUUGCCUAUAGCCACUGAGUUUAAUCCUCAACUGAUACUUAUUUCGUGUGGAUUUGAUGCUGCCAUCGGUUGUCCAGAGGGUAGGAUGUGGCUUAGUCCUAUGGUAUUUGGACAUUUUGUGCAUGAGCUGAAAUCACUUGCUGGUGGAAAAGUUGUCAUUGUUCUUGAAGGUGGCUAUUUUGUAGAUAGUUUAGCUGAAGGAACAGUACACGUUUUAAAAGCAUUACUCGGUGAUCCAUUAUCACCCCUACAAUUGAUUCGACCACCGUGUUCAAGUGUUAAACGUACAAUUAAAUCAUGCAUUGUGGCCUUACGUGAUCACUGGAAAAGUAUUGGAACUGCUGAUAUUUCUCAAAUCAUUCCACGACCAAGUUUAAAACAUUUACCAAAUAUAUCAUGGUCACUUAUGAAAAAUAUUGCCUGGCCUGAAACAAAUCCUCAACUGCCUAGAGUGCUAACAAAUCAUAUACAACAAUUGUUAUCUAAACACUUUCCUGCACCUUUAUCAAUAUUAAAUAAACAUGGUCAAGGAGGUGAUCCACAGUUGACGUUAAUUCUAAUGCCAACAUCCCCGUCAUCGUUGUCGAUGCCAUCCUUAUUAUUGCAUAGAGCGUCAUCAUCGGUAUCCUUGUCAAUGUCAUCAUCGUUGACAACAUUAUCGACAACAUCAACGUCAUCAUCAUCGACAACCUCCACUUUACCAGUUAGACAUAAAUCUAUAGGUGUAAAAAGACUGCCCCACCACCAACACCACAAACGCCAACGCCAACAAAAACAGCAACAGCAACAGAAAGAGCAAGACAACCAAGAGAAUAGAAGUUCCAUUACUGAAAGCCUACUGAAGAAACUUCAUGGAAAAGUUCACAUCCAUUUCUAUAAUGACCAUGAUACAUCAGCAGUUGAUUACAUUUGUCCAGGGGAGGAAUUCAAUCCAAUUAGAAAAUCUCAACUCAUCGAGCCAGCUUCUUCAUCCAGUCAACAUUUAUCAUCUAGGAAAGAUGUCAAACAGCUUAAUAAUGAUGCAGAUGACAACUUUGUCAGCGGUGUCAAGUCAAGACACAGAUUAAAGCGAAUUCAUGAAAAAUCAACUCAACGUGUAAAAGGCAUUUCAACAGAAGUGAAGUGUAAUUGUUCAUUUUACCCGAUGACUUCUAAAGGUCGAAUUGUUGAAGAUGCUGCAGAAAGCAUAGAAAAGAUUAUAAAAGAACCAUUUUUAAAUCUACAGACAGCAUUUACUCAAGCGUUGAUAUCAGUAUUCAUGGGAGAGUUUCACCGUCUUUAUAUUUCUGUUAAAUCGCUUAACCUGUUGCAGUUCAUUAAUGCUAUCACAGACAUACCGUUACAUUUCUUAUCAAACUAUCGUGAGAGAAUCUUUCGACCGCGUUACUUUCAAAUGAACAAUAGUAAAACGAAUAACAACAGUAAUAGCAAGAGUGGUAUUAAUAAUGAUAAUAAUAACAAUAAUAGUGAUCGUACUGUUGCUUACAUAAAUUCAUUUAAACAAUUGAAAAAUGAAUCAAUGUUCAAUAUUCCAAUUGUUAAAGAUGAAAGUUUAAAACAAUUAGCCAAUGUUUAUUCGCCAUCAUCAUCAUCUUCACCUGCAUCAAUGGAUUCGUUACCUCUGUCAACGGCUUCAGCGUCUCGAUCUUCUAAAUCUGUGUCAACACCAUCGAAAUUCAAGGGGAAAAGUAGAUUUCCGGAUAGACAUUCCUUAGAAAAAAUAAUUGGUUACAAACUAAUAAAAUCUGAAGAUUUCUUCAUUAAACCAUGUCGUGUACUUGUCCUGGACUUAGCUGGUAAUAAAGAAUUCAAUGACAAAAAAAUCAAAGAAAUCAACACCUCACUAUCAGGAGUAACAUCACAAAAUAUUCAAUGCGAGUAA